GGAGGGAUGGAGCUCAGAUUCUGCAGUUAACGGCCACCUCUCCCCUCCCCCUUAAAGCAUGCACUAAGGCCUGCUGUCUGCCCUAAGCUCCACAGGAACUCAUCUGCCAGGUGCACAGAUAUCCUCUUCCAGGCCUCUGUGAGGGCCCCUUCCAGGACUCCUGUGACAGCCCCUGGGCACUGACAAAUGUGGAUCAUCUUGCCUGCCCAAACGGUAGAAACGGCAGACCUCUGGGGCUAGAACACCUUGGGAUGGGGUUCAAUCUCUCCAACUCCUGGAACAGGGAUCUUUGUGUCCUUGGUCCCAUGGACAGCUUGAGGCAAUCCCCCUCCCCCUGCUCCUCGAGGCCCUCAAGCCCCAGGACGCCACCCUGCGAGAUGCCUGCCUCUGUGGGCAUUGAGGCAGUGCUGGACCAGCUGAAGAUUAAGGCCAUGAAGAUGGGCUUUGAGUUCAACGUCAUGGUGGUGGGGCAGAGCGGGCUAGGCAAGUCCACAAUGGUGAACACGUUGUUCAAGUCCAAAGUAUGGAAGUCGACCCUGCCAGGCCUGGGGGUACCCACGCCCCAGACGCUGCAGCUGCACUCAGUGACCCACGUCAUCGAGGAGAAGGGCUUGAAGCUGAAACUCACAGUGACAGACACACCUGGCUUCGGGGACCAGAUCAACAACGACAAGUGCUGGGAACCCAUCUUGAGCUACAUCAAUGAGCAGUAUGAGCAGUACCUGCAGGAGGAAAUUCUAAUCACUCGCCAGCGUCACAUCCCUGACACCCGGGUGCACUGCUGUGUGUACUUCGUGCCACCCACUGGACACUGCCUUCGACCUCUGGACAUUGAGUUCCUGCAGCGGCUGUGCCGGACUGUGAACGUGGUACCCGUGAUUGCCCGGGCUGACAGCCUGACCAUCGAGGAGCGUGAGGCCUUCAGAAGCAGGAUCCAGAAAGACCUGAAAAGUCACUGCAUCGAUGUGUAUCCACAGAAGCGCUUCGAUGAGGAUGCCAACGACAGGAUUCUCAACAGCAAGAUCCGGGAGCGGAUCCCAUUUGCUGUGGUGGGAGCAGACCAAGAGCACUUGGUGAAUGGGAGGUGUGUCCUGGGCCGGAAGACCAACUGGGGCAUCAUUGAAGUGGAGAACAUGGCGCACUGCGAGUUUCCUCUCCUGAGAGAUCUGCUCAUCCGCUCCCACCUCCAAGACCUGAAGGACAUCACCCACAACAUCCACUAUGAGAAUUACCGUGUUGUCAGACUCAACGAGAGCCACCAGCUCCCACGCGGGCCAGGCUGGGUGAACCUGGCCCCCAUGAACCUGGCUCACGCCUCUGCUGGACAGCUGACUUCACCCAGGACCUCAAAGGCCUGCAAGCAGGCCCAAGAGGAGCCCAAGUAUGAUUUCUGAGCUCCAAAAGAUCCAGGCCCGCUGGGGUCCCCAAGUUCUCAGCAGCCAGCCCCCAACACACACUGUGUCCUAGAGCAUCUGUUAAAGGUGGACAUUGUCUUUUA